AUGGUCGCGACACGAUCUGACGACGCCCGUGCCAAGGCUGAUGGCGCUCACGGUGAUGCUGCUGCCGGCGAGAAGCAUGUCAUUGACAACCAGGACACUGGAGCCUCGCCCGACGCAAAGCGCGUGAAGAGAGAUGAGUCCGACGAUGGGAAACAGACGACAAUUGAAGAAAGCUUUGGCAAGAGUGGCGAGUCCAAGCCCACAACCACAACAGACCGGUCACGAGACGAUGAAGCCGAUGAACAGACCAAGAAUAACAACGACACGGAAAUGGGCGACAGUAAGGACGAGGAAAGCGACAGCAAGGUCGAUGCCAAGCCCACCAGCAAAAGCGACACCGCCGAGAAGCCCCACGAAGACCCCGACGUCCCCUCUAGCAUCCUCGAAAAGGGUCUCAUCUACUUCUUCAUCCGCGCGCGUGUCAACAUUGAUGAGCCUGAGCAGGUCAACGACAUUGCUCGCAGCUACUUCAUCCUGCGACCUCUCGCCCGGGAUGCCCGUCUCGGCGAGGGCCCCAUCGGCGACGCGGGCAAUAGCCGUCUGCUCGCGUUGCCGAAGAAGGUCCUCCCUCAGAGCGGAAAGGACCGAUUCAUGGUGUUUGUCGAAAAGUCGGGCGCGAGCUUCAAGGAGCUGAAGGAGACCUUCCUGCAAGGCGCAGAGAACGUGACCAAGACGCAGGGGACGAGCACGACGCCUCCCGCCACGCCGGCCGCCGAGGGCGUGUAUGUGAUCACCAGCACCGGGCGCGAUAGCCAUCUGGCGUACAUGAUCACCCUGCCUGGCGAGUUGGGGGAGGUACAGAAGGACCUGGGUGUCAAGGCACAGGGCAGCUUCAUCUUGAGCACCAAGAACCCCGAGCAACCUUCGCCCGCCAACACGCAGUUGCCCGAGGGGCCGGGCUUCUCAAAGGAGAUCCAAGACGAGUUCCAGGGCCGUCGCUGGCUACCCUCGAAACCGGCGCACUUUGACUACCCCAACGCGCAGAUCCUGCUCAUUGGCGAGUCCAGCGGUAUCGAGAAGGCCGUUGAGCCGCAGCAGAAGGACCAGAAGAAUGGCAAGGAGGAGGCAGAGGAGGUGCUGAAGGAUCUGGAGGAUGACGAUGUCGAUCGCAUGAAGCAUCUGGGUGACAGUGACUCGGAGGCUAUUUUCAAGGACCUGAGAGCGAGUGCGGAUGACUAUCCCAAGCUGAUGACGACUUUUUGA